AUGUCGUCCUACACGCCCCUGCCGGUCGAGCUGGGCGAGUCUAGCAGCGCUGCGAGAUCUGAUCCGCGCCAGGGUCGACCGGACUCGUCGUUACUCUCGAGGUUGCUGGUCGUGCCGGACCCGUUUUCGCCGCCCGUUGAAUGGCACGGCUCGCGGGACGGGGCGGACGAGAGUAGCGAUAGCGGGAUUGACGAGGACGAGUACGAUGAGAAGGCUGGACAGAGGACGGGGGGGAGGAGAGACGUCGAGGGCGCAGGCGAGGACGAGGAGGAGGAAGAUCUUGGCUGGACCGAGGGGUUGUUGAGCGGGAAGAAGACCAAAGGGACAGAAGCGCGCAAGCGCCGCCUACUCCUCCUCGCCCUCCUCCCGACCUCCCUCAUCCUCCUCUCCCUCGUCCUCUUCUCUACACUCUCCCCAUAUACCAGCAUCUCCACCUCAUCACUCCUGAAAAGCGACGGAGCACAUACCUAUGUCGGCGAAGCGGGAAAGAAGGUGAUGAGUUUGGACGAGUUGAGGAACGGGACUUUCUGGACGGAGAAGGUGGAAAUCGAGUGGUUGGCGGAAGCCGGCGACGGCGUCUACUCGCAAAAAACUCAUUCAGGCUCCAUACUCCUAACCGACCUGAACGCCAAUUCAUCGCGGAUCUUGGUCGAGGGGAACGAUGUGCGAGAUCCUCGAGGUAGGAAGCUCGACUGGGCGCAGUUCAAGCUCAGCGCGGAUGGGAAGGUCGUCUUGUUCAACACGGACUGGACCAAGGUCUGGCGCCACUCCACUCUGAGCAACUUCCACCUCUUCCCCCUCACCUCGUCCUCUCCCCGCGCCCUCCCUCUCUUCUCCCCGUCCUACCCUCCGAAAACCUUUACAGCCCACUUCUCCCCAACUUCGCACCACCUUGCAUUCGUGCACGAGAACGAUUUGUGUGUUCUGCCCGCGGGGGAGUGGGAUGCUGCGGAGCGUGAGGGGGGAGAGGUAGGUGAGCGGGCGGUGAGGGUUACGAAGGAGGGGAGUAGGGUGAGGAUGAGUGGACGACCGCCGUGGGUUUACGAAGAGGAGAUCUUCUCCUCCGACUCGACCCUCUACUGGUCCCCUUCCUCGUCGUACCUCGCUUUCCUCUCGUUCAACGAAUCCGACGUACCAAUCUAUGAGUACCCGGUGUACAACUCGAAUCCGAACGAGGUUGGAGGGGAAGAGUAUCCAGGAAAGGUGGAGGUGCCGUAUCCCAAGGCCGGGUACCCCAAUCCGCUCGUCUCAAUCCACAUCUUCUCCCUCACGCACUACCUCUCCCUCCCCCGCUCCUCUUCCGCCUCCUCCCUCCUCACUCUCACACUCCCCUUCACCGACCUCCCCGCCGCAGACGCAGUCAUCACCGAAGUCGCGUGGGUGUCCGAGGAGGAGGUGCUCGUGAGAGUGACGGAUAGGGAGGCGAGGAGGGAGAGGGUGGUUCUGUGGGAUCUUGAGGGGGUGUGGGUGGAGGGAAGGGAGGGGGAGGGGGCGAGGGAGGUAAGGGGACGGGUUGUGAGGGAUGUGGAUUGGGUGAAGAGGGAUGGAGGGUGGGCAGAGGCGUCACAAACCAUCGUCCCGCUCCUUUCGCCCUCCUCCUCUGCUCCCAUCCCCCCUUACCCACCCGGCUACCUCGACAUCGUCCCCUCCCCCUCGGGCUACAACCACAUCGCGUAUUUCUCGCCCGCUGAUGCGGAGGAACCGGUGUUCCUGACGGAUGGGGAGUGGGAGGUGGACGGGAAGAUCGAGAGGGUCGAUUUACAGAGGGGAUGUGUCUACUUCAUCGCCGCCCGCCCCUCGACCUCCCGACACCUCCUUACCGUUCCCAUCCCCCGCUCGUUCCUCGAACUCGAGUCGCUUCGAUCCGGUCGCUCGAAGAUGACCGAGCCGAAGUCGUUGACGGAGGUGAAUGGAGAGGACGGGUAUCAUAGCGUCAGUGUGAGCCCGGGCGGAGGGGUUUGGUUGGUCAACUACGAGGGACCCGGCGUACCCUGGCAAAAGCUCUUCAAGGCCGACGACGCCUCCUUCUCCCUCACCCUGACCGACAACGCCGCCCUCUCUUCCCUCGACGCGCAGUACCAGCACGCGAACCUCGUCUACUCGACGCUGGCGAUUCCGACGGGUGAGAAGAGGAGGGGCGAGGACGAGACGGUUGAAGUGAAUGUGGUUGAGAUGAGGCCGCCUGGGAUGGACGAGAGUGGGAGAACGCAUUAUCCGGUGUUGUUUCAAGUCUACGGCGGUCCGAACUCGCAAAUGGUCAACACUCGCUGGCAACGCGACUUCCAGCACUACCUCACGACUCAGCACAACUACAUCGUCGUCCGGAUCGACCCACGCGGAACCGGUUUCCGCGGUCGAAAGUUCCGCACGGCUGUGAGGGGACGCUUAGGGGAGCUCGAGGCGAGAGAUGUGGUCGAGACGGCGAGGAGGUGGGCUGCCAAGCGGUAUGUGGAUGAGAAGAGGAUCGGGGUGUGGGGAUGGUCCUACGGCGGCUUCCUCACUUCCAAGAUCAUCGAGGCAAACUCGUCCGUCUUCUCGCUCGGCAUGGCGGUUGCGCCCGUUACCGACUGGAGACUCUACGACUCGCUCUACACCGAGCGCUACAUGUUCACGCCAGCGCACAACCCGGUCGGGUAUGCGAACAGCUCGGUGCACGAGAUGGACGGGUUCAAGCACGCUCACUUUGCGCUGGCGCAUGGGUCGGGCGACGAUAAUGUACACUUCCAGCAGUCGGCGCUCUUGCUCGACCGCAUGACAAUGGCUGAAGUCCGCGACUUCCGCUUCCGCAUGUUCACCGACUCGGACCACUCGAUCAGCACGCGCAACGCCUACUGGGAACUGAUGCGCUGGCUCGAGUCCUUCCUCAUCGAGAAGUUUGGCGAAGGAGGACGACCGAAGACCCGGACGCAGUUGAAGACGGAGCAUGGAGCGGUGCCAGAUCCUGCGUUGGGCUUGGGUGACCGCGAGAAGGAACGUGAGAAGGAGUAG